AUUCCAGAAUCAAAAUGCUACGAGGACUGCCUCCCUGGACAGAUCUACAGGAUGAGGUUCUCGGCGUGGAGCAGCUGCAUGUUCAUAUGUGAAGACUGUCCAGAAGGAACAUACCAGGCAGAUUUGGUCACCUGCCGGCCUUGCACUUUGGAGAAGUGGUCACCUGCACGCAGCAUGGCCUGCCUGGACCGAGAUGCCCAGUACCUGUCCUGGGAGGACCCGUAUGUCAUGGUUCUGGUGGUCAUCGCGUGCUUAGGCCUAGCACUAACCAUUGCCGUCUUAGUCCUCUUUGCGAUCCGACUGGACACCCCCGUAGUUAAGGCCGCAGGAGGAAGAAUGAGCCUCCUGAUGCUUUUCUCCCUUGCCUGCUCCAGCCUCAGCCUUAGCUCUUUUGUCGGGCGACCCAAUGAUUUCCAUUGCAAGAUGCGACAGCCCCUGUUUGCUAUCAGUUUCACCGUCUGCAUCUCCUCCAUCUUGGUCAAGUCCUUCCAGAUCAUUUGUAUUUUCAAGAUGGCAGCCAAGCUACCUAUGGCCUACAAGUACUGGAUGCGCUACAAUGGUCCUUACAUGUGCAUCCUAGGAAGCACGCUGAUGCAGGCCACAAUUUGUCUCAUCUGGUAUUCCAUCAAGGCACCUUACCUUGUGAAUAAUUACAAGAUCUCCAGCAACCAGGUCUACCUGCAGUGUUACGAGGGCUCAUUUGUAGGCUUCACACUCAUGCUGUCCUAUAUUGGCCUGCUUGGAGUCCUCUGCUUCAUUUUUGCCUUCAUGGGACGAAAACUGCCCAAAAACUAUAAUGAAGCUCGCUUUAUUGUUGCAGGCAUGUUGAUAUAUUUCAUCUCUUGGUUCUCCUUCUUCCUCACGUAUGCCACCUCAGAGGGCAAGUAUGUUGCUGCAGUCCAGAUCUUUGCAGUGCUUAACAGCACCUAUGGGAUCCUCUUCACUUAUUUCAUGCCCAAGUGCUACAUCAUCCUGCUAAAGCCAGAGAGCAAUACGACAGCCUACUUUCAGAACUGCCUACGCAGUCACGGGGUGGCAAGGCACAGCUCUCACCCAUCAUCCACUGAAGCUACACAACCUAAAGACACGGGGGACUGUACUUGAGAUGUCAAAUCCUCUCCCCACGUCCAUUCCCUGUCACUUAGAAACUGCGACCCAAAUGGUGGAAAAGGACAAUCUGGGACCAAAUUUACUAAGGCCACUGAGCAGCUAGCAAAGUGUCUUAAAAAGGUCUGGCCCCCUCCGCUGUGUAAAAGCAGACCUUCUGAGAGCAUGUCUGGCACUAUAUGUCUACAUAGUAUGGGGAACAUUUACUGCUAGGUAUCUUUCUAAAAACAUUUGACUUCUUGUGACAAAGUGCCAUGCUUAGAUGAUUGAAUCAUUUGACCUUGUGCUGAUCACACACAGAUCAAAUUAAAGCCUGUUUUUGAAACCCACAUAAUCACCGACCUUCAAAGUGAAUAAUUCUCAAAGGAGCCCUGGAAGGCAAGAGAGCUUAUUCAGCUAAAACAGGUGAGUUUAUUCCCUGAAAACAAUCACACUGCCCUCUGGUGGACAGAGCUGGAAUCUAGCAGUCAUCCAUCUUCCAAGAGACUUGCUAAGCUCAGGUCCGGAGGGUGCAUGAAGCUAUCUCCCUGGGUACAAUCAUGCACAUCUAAGCACAUUCAUCCAUGCUGGGCUAAUUUUAGGUUGACAAUUGAUCUAAGAAGCCCCAGGGUGCCGGUGAAACAGCACAUAUGCACACAGGUAGAAAACAUGGAAACUCCAAAACAUUCAGUCUGCGCAACCACUUUGGUAUG